GGGCGACCAAUGGGAAGUGGUCUCUUUGGUGUCCGCCAUUAGCGCGCGGCGGUGGCUGUGAAGCGGCCGGGCGGGAGCGACGGUUGCGGAGCGUAGGUACAGGUGAAUUAAGGUGAAACAUGGCUGAUAAGAACAGCAAAGGGGAUGAUGCUUCUGUAGAGCCUUUGGGAACAGACAAACUGCCUUCUGAAAGCAAAGGAAAAGCAAAAUUGACAGCCCAGGUCAUGCAGAAUCCACAAGUCUUGGCAGCUUUACAAGAAAGACUUGACAGUGUAACACACACUCCUUCCAGCUAUGUUGAAACUUUACCUAAAGCUGUAAAGAGAAGAAUAAAUGCCUUGAAACAUCUUCAGGUCAAGUGUGCCCAUAUAGAAGCCAAAUUUUAUGAGGAAGUUCAUGAGUUGGAGCGGAAAUAUGCAGCCCUUUACCAGCCAUAUUUUGAAAAGAGACGAGACAUAACAACAGGGAAUGUAGAACCUACAGAUGCAGAAUGCGAAUGGCAUAGUGAGGAUGAGGAAGAGCUAGCAGAAGAAAUGAAGAAGAAAGCAGCAAUUGAGGAAAAGAAAGAAGAAGCUGAGCAAGAGGAGAAUCCCAAAGGAAUUCCUGAUUUCUGGGUCACAAUAUUCAGAAAUGUAGAUAUGUUGAGUGAACUCGUAGAGGAACAUGAUGAGCCUAUCUUGAAGCACUUGCAGGAUGUCAGAGUGAAGUUCUCCGAACCCAAUGAGCCUAUGAGUUUUACAUUAGAGUUUCACUUUGAGCCAAAUGAUUACUUCACAAAUUCUGUGUUAACCAAGACGUACAAGAUGAAGUCUGAACCUGACGAGACUGACCCUUUCUCCUUUGAGGGCCCAGAAAUAGUUGAUUUUGUAGGGUGUACUAUUGACUGGAAGAAAGGAAAGAAUAUAACUGUAAAAACUAUUAAAAAGAAACAGAAACACAAGGGUCGAGGGACUGUCCGAACCAUCACCAAACAAGUACCAAAUGAUUCCUUCUUCAACUUUUUUAAUCCAUUAAAAGGUAAGGAGAGAUUUUAAAACAUCCAAAACGCA